AUGAGCGCCGAGCCGAGCCCGCGGAGUCGGCCGACGACCGUCAUCGUCUGCAUCAACGUGCUUCCGCUCAUCUUCACGCUGGACGAGGCCCGGCCGAUGGGCUGCCCCUGGCGCAUCGAGUGGAGCACGAGCUCGUACGGGCUCUUCCUGCGCAACAUCGUCUCGGCGCAGCGCUACGAGCCGCUCUUCGUGGGCUGCCCCGAGGUGUACAUCCCGCGCAAGGACGAGGCCGCGGUUCGCCAAGUGCUUCGCCAGCAGUUCCACUGCAUCCCGGUCUUCUUGGACCCGGACACGGCGCACCGCCAUUACCAAGGCUUUUGCAAGGGCGUGCUAUGGCCCAUCUUCCACAACGUGAUUGACGUCUACAACUCGGCCGAGCUCAAGCUUGACGACUGCCCGAGCAAUGAUGAGGGUGAAACGUACAUGAAGCCGCCGACGUCGCCGCCCGCGAGCAGCGCGAGCAUGUGGCAAGCGCCGGCGUCGUGGAAUCCGGCGUCGCAAGACAAAUGCUGGAACGAGUACUGCCAAGUGAACCGCCACUUUGCGAAAAAGGUGAUUGAGAACUGGGAGGCGGGCAGCAUCAUCUGGAUCCACGAUUUUCCGCUGCUCGUGCUCGCGUCGUACCUGCUCCGGAAGCUCCAUGGCGGCUCGAUCGCAAUCUUCAUGCAUGUGCCGUUCCCGUCGAGCGAGAUCUUUCGGACGCUCGCCGUGCGCACCGAGAUCCUCCGCGCGAUGCUGUGCGCCAACCACAUUGGCUUCCUCGUCUUUGAACACGCGCGCCACUUCCUCACGGCCUGCAAGCGCCUCCUCGGGCUCAACUACAAGACGUCGCACAACGGCAUGCUCACCGUCGAGUACAAUGGCCGCCUCGUCCUCAUCACGUGCAGCCACUGCGGCACAGAGCUCCAUCGCAUGGGCGAGCUCAUGGCGCGCCUCGAAGUCGACGCGAUGGCCACGAGCUUCCAGGCCAAGCUCGCGCCGCACGCCGCCGGCCGCUUUGUACUCACGGCCGUGGACCGCCUCGAGGGCCUCUGCGGCAUCCCACUCAAGCUGCGUGCGCUCGAUCGGUUCCUUGCCAUGUACCCGUCGCGCCGAUCGGAGAUCGUCUUGCUCCAAGCUGGCAUUUCAAUCGACUCGCGCCCCAACGACUACAACCAGACCAAGCGGUACGUCGAGUCGUUUGUCGAAGAAAUCAACCGCCGGUGGGGCACGCCGGACCGACCGGUGGUCGUGUACCACGAGUUUGCCAAGAUGCACUCGCUCCAGCGCAUGGUGGUGUGGAAGAUGGGCCACGUCUUCCUCGACACGUGCGUUCGCGGUGGCCUCUCGAUGCUGCCAUUUGAGUUUCUAUCCGCGCACCACCACGCAUUUGAAGCGAGCGACGAGUCCGAGUCGGCCAACCUCGGCGUCCUCGUCGCGUCCGAGUUUGCGUCGUACGCGCGCAUCCUCAACGGUGCGCUGCUCGUCAACCCGUGGAAGACAGAUGACGUGGUGAGUGCGAUCGUCAAGGCCAUGGAGAUGCAGUUUCAAGAGACACGGUCGCGCUUCCUCCUCAACUACAACUUUUUGCUGGACAACCCGGUCUCGGAGUGGGGCACGCGGAUGCUGGCCGACAUUGAGAGCGCGGGCGAGCCGUCGACCGCACACGGCUCGACGGGCGAGUUUAUGGAGAUUGGCUUUGGCUUUGACUACCGCGUGAUGCAGUUUACGCCGGGCUUUGUCGCACUGAACGCGGACGAGGUGCUGCGGUCGUAUAUCAAGGCCACGAAGCGCCUCCUCCUCCUCGACUAUGGCGGCACGCUCAGCUGGACGUCAUGCCUCAUGGACGACGAAGCCUCGAUGUACCAGUUCAACCGCAACCACGCGAGUGGCCCAUGCGUCCCAGCGCUGCGCAAAACGGACGGCCAAGUGCGCACGCCGUUGACGUACGAAGGGCGAUUGAGUCUCGAGAGCCUUGCGAUGGACCCGCGCAACGUGGUCGUGGUGUGGAGCAACGCGUGCCGCGCGGAGCUCGAGCACGAGUUUGGAUCCAUGACGGACGUGACUCUGGUUGCGGACAACGGGUACUUUCUCCGCAAGGCCGGUGCGAUCGAGUGGGAGUCGCUCUACGCCGACGUGCCCGACGACCUCUUGUGGAAAGAUCGGGUGGCGGCGAUCAUCAAGACAUACGUCUCGCGUACGAACGGGUCGUUUGUGGCUAUUGGGGACGCGUCGGUGAUGUACGACUACCGCAACUGCGACCCUGAGUACGGCGAGAUGCAGGCAUCCGAGCUCUUUGACCAGCUCACCGAACUCCUCAAGAAGGAGAAGACGGCCGUCGUGCGUGGCAAAGGCUUUGUGGAAGUCCAUCGGUUUGGCGUCAACAAGGCGGUCGCAGCUUCGAUGCUGCUCAACUAUUGCAAGGAGCAAGUGUCGAUGCCCGACUUUGUACUCGUCGUGGGCGACGACGAGUCGGACGAACAAGCCUACCGCACGGUGCGGUCGUUUGCCGAAGCCAGCACGAAAGACGCUCCCGCGUGCUACACGGUGACUGUCGGAAAGAAGCCGAGUUUGGCCAACUUUUACCUCGACAGCGUCACGGAGGUGCUUGGGCUCAUUGAGUCGAUGGCGGCGAUCCGCAACCUCGUGAAGCGACGGGCGAGCAGUCCGGAGCUUGAUGCGCUGCACGCCGACCCGAACCUGGGCUUCCAAGCCAACUUUCGACUGGGCAGCAACCUCAUUUCGCCGACGUAUGUGCGCCACGUCUCGAGAGAAUUCAACAAGACCUUUGCAUCGAGAACUUUGACCCGUCGCUGUCCCACGACGACGACGAUGAAGAAGACCAAGCAGCAGCAUGUACUGUCGUCGUCGUCCGGCUUGACGUCGCCGCUCGAGUGGGACCUGCCGGUGUGGGCACAAGUGCUCUCGGGCGUCGCGAUCGGUGCAGCGAUCGGCUGGACCAUGCGCAACCAGUGGCGCCGACACUCGCCAUAG